AUGUCCUCCCCAGCCCGCCCCAACUCCCCGACUCUCCCCCCACCCCCCGGUCCCCCUCCUUCCUCCCCACUCCCCCUCCUGCCCCCCUUCCGCCUCCCCUCAGGGACAGCAAAACCAACAGCAACCGACACCGCGCGGCAGCAAGGCGCCCUACUCGGUCUUUUGUCAUGCGUUUGUCGAGUGACCGAAACUCUGUACCAAGAUUUCCGGUUUCUCGAAAGAAGGUUUGGAGGUGAUCCUGUGCGCGCGCCGAAGCAGCAGCUUGAAGAGCGCAGGAAGAGGGUGAGGAGGGUGUGGAAGACGGUGGAGAAUUACCCCGGGUUGGCGUUGGAAGGGGAGGUGGUGAGGUUGUGUGAGAGGAUGUUCGGGGAUGUUUUGAGAGGUGAGUUUCCCAGUGAUGGGGGUAUUGCACCCCCGAUGCUAACCACCAUCUUUCCUCUAGUAUACCACCCAUUCAUCAACAACGGAGAGAGCACCACAACCUUCAUGGUGCCAUGGGGAGAGUAUCUCGGGACCUUCACGGGGACCAUCUCGGACGUCGAAGAGGAAGUAGACAAGGCAGUAAAGAAGUUGACCGCGAAAGACCGGAAAACUUCCGGGACAGGUGGUGGCGGCGAUGCGGGAACGGGAGUGAGGAUAGAAUCGUUGAUGAGGCCGGUAUGAUUUCGGCAGGUGAGGUCUACCACGAGGACGAUGGGGCAGGCGAUGGUAGGGUUCGGCGGAUGCGAACCGGAGAAGACGCGAGGUCGAACAGGUGAAUGUAGAUAGCGCGAGUCAAAGAACUAGAACUAGUUAAAAAUAGCAAGCGCUCAAGUUUCUCGCG